CACCUUGAAGUGAGAAGAAUGAGCCGUGUGGAGGGUCUGAGGGCGAACUCCUCUCAGUUCACUCUGGAGGGAGAACCUUUCCUCAUCCUGGGGGGCUCCAUCCAUUACUUCCGUGUCCCCAGAGCCUACUGGGAGGACCGUCUGCUGAAGAUGAAGGCCUGUGGCCUCAACACGCUCACCACAUACGUGCCAUGGAAUCUGCAUGAGCCUGAGAGAGGAACAUUCAACUUUCAGGAUCAGUUGGACCUCAUGGCCUACGUCAGUUUAGCAGCAGAGAUGGGUCUGUGGGUGAUCCUGCGUCCUGGACCUUACAUCUGCGCUGAAUGGGACUUGGGCGGGUUGCCAAGCUGGUUGUUACGGGAUAAAGGCAUGCAGUUGAGGACAACUUAUCCUGGAUUUGUAGAUGCUGUCAACCUCUACUUUGACAAGCUUGUCUCAGUUAUCAAACCACUGAUGUUUGAAGAGGGAGGCCCAAUCAUUGCAGUUCAAGUUGAGAACGAGUAUGGUUCAUAUGCCAAAGAUGAGAAAUACAUGCCAUUUAUAAGGAAUUGUCUCCAGUCCAGAGGGAUUAAGGAGCUCCUGCUGACUUCAGACAACUGGGAGGGCCUGAGAUAUGCAGGGAUGGAUGGAGUUCUAAAAACAAUAAACCUUCAGAGACUGUCUUUCGGAGCUAUCCAGCACUUAGCUGACAUGCAGCCCCAGAAACCUUUAAUGGUGAUGGAGUAUUGGUCGGGUUGGUUUGACGUCUGGGGAGAACAUCACCAUGUGUUCCAUGCUGAGGAUAUGCUAGCUGUUGUGUCAGAGAUCCUGGAGAGAGGUGUCUCCAUUAAUUUGUACAUGUUUCAUGGGGGAACCAAUUUUGGCUUCAUGAAUGGAGGAAUGGACUUUGGCACCUACAAACCUCAGGUCACCAGUUAUGAUUACGACGCUCCGAUAUCUGAGGCUGGGGAUUGCACCCUAAAAUAUCAACUCUUGAGGAAUCUACUCAGCCAGUACCACUCUGAGCCUCUUCCUGUAGAGCCCACUCCUCAGGAGAGGAAAGCUUACGAUCCUGUUGCCGUCCAGCAGCACCUGUCACUGUGGGACAGCCUGCACUUCACCAAGCCACACAGGUCAGAGAGGCCGGUGAGCAUGGAGAAUCUUCCUGUCAACAAUAACAGUGGUCAGUCAUAUGGUUACACGCUGUAUGAAACCACCAUCACCAGUGGAGGAACCCUAAACUCCAGGAACAACAUCAGAGAUAGAGCACUGGUUUUUGUGGACAGACAAUGUGUUGGCUGUUUGGACUACAAGACUCAUGAGCUGACACUGCCUGAUGGACAGGGGGAGAAGACCUUGAGCUUGCUUGUGGAGAACUGUGGAAGAGUGAAUUAUGGAAAAGCUCUUGAUGAACAGUGCAAAGGUAUUGUGGGAGACAUUCUGCUGAAUCACACCCCUCUGACAGGAUUUAACAUCUUCUGUUUGGAUAUGAAGCCAGACUUUAUGAAAAGAUUAAUGACUUCAGGUCAGUGGAAGUCGGACUUCAAGUCGCCAUUUGUUCCAGGAUUUUUCCAGGCCAGACUGUAUGUAGAGGGUCCUCCCAGAGACACCUUCAUCAGACUCCCUGGGUGGGGUAAAGGAGUGGUGUUUGUCAAUGGGCAGAACCUCGGACGCCAUCGGUGCAUUGGUCCCCAGCUUUUCCUUUAUCUCCCAGGACCUUGGCUCAGAACUGGAGAGAAUCAGAUAAUCGUGUUCGAGGAACAAAAAGUGGACGACAAAAUACUGUUUGCUGAAAAUCCUGAUCAUGGAAGGACAAUUGAUGUUUACAAACUCCCAUUUUGCACACUGCUGUGA